CCGCGCGCUCGGGCGUCUCCGCGACCAGCGGGGAGCAGCCGGCCCCUCGAAGCGUCGGCAGGCGGGCCGGCGGCGGGCGAGGGAGCCGCCCCGGCGGGGGGAAUCCGUACGGCGACAUGGGCGCUUCGGGGCCCGUCCGUACGGCAAGAUGGCCGCCCCGGCGGGCACCGAGCUGACCUCCGCCGCAUCGAUGACUGCUCCUGCGUCCUCUGAGUGGAGGAAGCGACGCGCGUGGCGAGCGCAGUGUCCCGUCGGGCAGCAGAGCGAGCCGCCGGCCCACGAGACGUCCCCAGACAACCCGCCCGGCGGCGCAGGGCUUGCGGCGGCGGCCCGGCCGUACGCCAAGAUGGCGGCGCCCGCGCACUUCCGCCCUGCGCCGGAUGCCCGCCGGCGCCUGCGUCCCGAUUGGCCCCCGCGGCGUUCGGUCGCCGCGUCGCGCUGCGGGCCGGUCGGAGCGACGGCGCUCGGGUCAGUCGGCGGCCGGACGGGGAAGAUGGAUGCAGCUACUCUGACCUACGACACUCUCCGCUUUGCUGAAUUUGAGGAUUUCCCUGAGACCUCAGAGCCCGUUUGGAUACUGGGUAGAAAAUACAGCAUUUUCACAGAAAAGGACGAGAUCUUGUCUGAUGUGGCAUCUAGACUUUGGUUUACAUACAGGAAAAACUUUCCAGCCAUUGGGGGAACGGGCCCCACCUCGGACACGGGCUGGGGCUGCAUGCUGCGGUGUGGACAGAUGAUCUUCGCCCAGGCCCUGGUGUGCCGGCACUUAGGUCGAGAUUGGAGGUGGACCCAGCGGAAGAGGCAGCCAGACAGCUACUUCAGCGUCCUCAACGCUUUCCUUGACAGGAAGGACAGUUACUACUCCAUUCACCAGAUAGCACAAAUGGGAGUCGGUGAAGGCAAGUCUAUAGGCCAGUGGUACGGGCCGAACACCGUCGCCCAGGUCCUCAGGAAGCUUGCUGUCUUCGACACGUGGAGCUCCUUGGCAGUUCACAUAGCGAUGGACAACACCGUGGUGAUGGAGGAAAUCAGAAGGUUGUGCAGGACCAGCCUUCCCUGUGCCGGGGCCGCCGCAUUUCCCGCAGAUCCCGACCGGCACUGCAACGGAUUCCCUGCCGGAGCGGAGGUCACCGCCAGGCUGUCGCCGUGGAGACCCCUGGUCCUGCUCAUCCCGCUGCGCCUGGGGCUCACAGACAUAAACGAGGCGUACGUGGAGACGCUGAAGCGCUGCUUCAUGAUGCCCCAGUCCCUGGGGGUGAUCGGAGGGAAGCCCAACAGCGCCCACUACUUCAUCGGUUACGUCGGGGAGGAGCUUAUCUACCUGGACCCCCACACGACGCAGCCGGCGGUGGAGUUCACGGACGGCGGCCUCAUCCCCGACGAGAGCUUCCACUGCCAGCACCCGCCCUGCAGGAUGAGCAUCGGGGAGCUCGACCCGUCCAUCGCUGUGGGGUUUUUCUGCAAGACUGAGGACGACUUCAAUGACUGGUGCCAGCAAGUCAAAAAGCUGUCGCUGCGUGGAGGCGCCCUGCCUAUGUUCGAGCUGGUGGAGCAGCAGCCUUCCCACCUGGCCUGCCCCGAUGUCCUGAACCUGUCCCUAGAUUCUUCUGAUGUAGAGCGACUGGAAAGAUUCUUUGACUCAGAAGAUGAAGACUUUGAAAUCUUGUCCCUUUGAAAUCCCGGGGUCGGGGGAUGGCCUCCGCUGGCCCUUGCUGGGGGCGCCUCUGAGAGCCCGGCCCUGCCUCGGGACACCCGGUGCCGCCGCGUUUCAUCAUCCAGCCUCCGCCUGCCGAGUGCCGCGCCCCGCCCCACCCGGGCCGCCCCACUCUGCUCGUGGAUGGAGGCCCACACUGCCCUGGAGGCCUCACGCCCGGAGUCAGACUGCCCAGCCCGCACUCGUCAGGGCCUGCACGUCCACGGGAGCCGCCCACCGGAGCUUCCAGAGAGUUCACCUCCUGACACUGCCAGCCCUGCGGUAGCGCAUUGGUUCAGCCCUGCUUCCUCCCGGGCGCCAGUUCUGUGGUUGGUUUGGAAUUAAAAGUCCUGUUUGAAGUUGCUCGACACAGACAUGAAUUUCUGGGGCACUCCCCAAGCCAGUCUCAGAAGACCUGCAGGUUGGCGCAUGAGGAGCGACGGCCACCAUGGCCUCAUGCCUGUGGACUGGGCAGCUUGUGCUGGGCAGGGCAAGCCAUGGCCGUGUCCCCUCUGCCCAGUGUGGCCUGUCAAGGGCUACCUCAGUGGGAGACCGGGUUGAAGGAAUCACAGCGAGGCUUCUCUGGCGUUGGGGAGCAGAGUUCAAGGGGUGGGGCGUGUGGGGGCUCACAGAUGGCAACGUGCGCAGGACACGGCGUGGACGGCCAGGCUGCGGGCAGCUGCCGUGCCCCGGGGGCGUCUUCUGGAGCAACAGUCCUGAGGGCCACCGUCAGGGCACAGCUCCUUGUACUUUGGGGGUUGCGGCGUUGCCAGACGCACCACGCGCUGCUGCUUGCUUGUCACACCGGCUUUCCAGCAACAGGCAGGGACAGGGAGGGUCCUCUGCCUGUGACACCGGCCCGAGGCAGGGCUGGAGCACGCUGCCACCUGAGAGCCUUUCUCUGUCCUUGCCUUGCUCACAAGUGCCCCUGCGGGUCACCGAGGUUUUAGGUGGUUUGGGGCCAAAAGGGUCCAACCACCCCAGCACUGUGGCGUUGGGGACAGUCAGGCUGGGGCAGGCACCAGCUGGUGAUGAUUCCAGACCUUCCCUAGCACUAAUCUGAGCAGCUGCCAUGUCUUGACCCUGGUGUCCUGGGCCCCAGACUGCGCCAUAGCCACGCUGGUCUGUCCUGAAAAAGUGGCUUUCCUCCCACUGGGAGCGUGGACAGGAGGGUCUGGGCAGCUGGGGCUGGCGGGCUGCAGGGGCCUCACACAUCUGCUGCUGCUCGUGCAGACAGGCCCUGAGCUCCCUCCAGGCCGCGCUGACCACCUGCCAGGCAGCAGAGAAUGCCCCAGCCCCCAGGU